AGGCAUGGGCAGGAAGGAAAUGGGAGAGGGAGGUGUGGAAAACUUUGCUAACGAGGGAGGUCCCUGGUGACAGCCUCUCACGAAGAGCCCCUCUCUUGAUCAGCUUUGUCCCUCCAGGGUGCACAUCCUGGAGGAGGGUGAAGCGAGUUGGAGGUAUGUUUACCUUCAGCGAGUUUCUUUUGUUUUGAUGAGUGAGUCAUGUGAACGGUCUGGGAAGCCUCUUCGGUUGCUCUUGUGAUUGAGUUUUUCAAAUUGGUUUUGGAAGAGGUUGUGUGUGACGGGCCGGGAUCACCCCUCUCUGCGGCACCGACUGGAACCGUAGAAGGAAGGCUGUCUAGCCGUCCUCCGGAGGGCCGCGCUGGGCAUGGAUACCUUUCUCGGCGUCUGGAGGAGCACGUGCCAUAGUGUCAUCGACCAGUCACGAAGCUGCUAAGGCCGUCCCAGGGACGUGGGCGCCAGCAGAGGAAGGCGGCGUCGGGGGGCCACAUCGCCAUGCCUUUCGGCCUGAAGCUCCGCCGGACACGGCGCUACAACGUCCUGAGCAAGAACUGCUUUGUCACACGGAUCCGCCUUCUGGACAGCAAUGUGAUCGAGUGCACGCUGUCGGUGGAGAGCACCGGGCAGGAGUGCCUGGAGGCGGUGGCCCAGAGGCUGGAGUUGCGGGAGACGCACUACUUUGGCCUUUGGUUUCUCAGCAAGAGCCAGCAAGCACGAUGGGUGGAGCUGGAGAAACCUCUGAAGAAACAUCUGGACAAGUUUGCUAAUGAGCCUCUGCUUUUCUUCGGAGUCAUGUUCUAUGUGCCAAAUGUGUCGUGGCUGCAGCAAGAGGCCACAAGAUAUCAGUAUUACCUGCAAGUCAAAAAAGACGUGCUGGAAGGGCGGCUGCGGUGUACGUUGGAACAGGUGAUCCGGCUGGCCGGCUUGGCUGUGCAAGCUGAUUUUGGAGACUACAAUCAGUUUGAUUCUCAAGAUUUCCUCAGAGAAUAUGUGCUAUUUCCUAUGGAUUUGGCCCUGGAAGAGGCGGUUCUGGAGGAGCUCACACAGAAGGUAGCCCAGGAACACAAAGCCCACAGUGGAAUCCUGCCCGCGGAAGCUGAGCUCAUGUACAUCAACGAAGUGGAACGUUUGGAUGGAUUUGGACAGGAGAUCUUCUCUGUGAAGGACAAUCAUGGAAACAGUGUGCACCUGGGCAUUUUCUUCAUGGGGAUUUUCGUGAGAAACAGAAUCGGAAGACAAGCAGUAAUAUACAGGUGGAAUGAUAUCGGGAACAUCACUCACAACAAGUCUACUAUUCUAGUGGAGCUCAUCAACAAGGAAGAGACUGCCCUCUUUCACACGGACGAUAUUGAAAAUGCCAAGUACAUUUCUCGGUUGUUUGCUACACGGCACAAGUUUUACAAACAAAACAAAAUCUGCACUGAACAAUCAAAUUCUCCACCCCCCAUCAGACGCCAGCCCACCUGGAGCCGGUCCUCUCUGCCCCGACAGCAGCCGUACAUCUUGCCUCCCAUGCACGUCCAGUGUGGGGAACACUACUCGGAAACACACACUUCACAAGACAGCAUCGUCCAUGGGAACGAGGAAGCUUUAUAUCGCAACUCUCACAACAGCCUGGACUUGAACUAUUUAAACGGCACCGUCACCAACGGCAGCGUGUGCAGUGCGCACAGCAUCAACUCCCUCAGCUGCUCGCAGACGUUCGUCCAGGCCUCUCCUGUGUCCUCCAACCUCAGUAUUCCGGGGAGCGACAUCAUGCGGGCGGACUACAUCCCGAGCCACCGGCACAGCGCCAUCAUCGUGCCGUCUUACCGGCCGACCCCCGAUUACGAGACAGUCAUGCGACAGUUGAACAGGGGGGUCCUGCCCACGGACAGCCAGAGCCAGUCUCUGCGAAACCUCAACAUCAUCAACACGCACGCCUACAACCAGCCGGAGGAUCUGGUGUACAGCCAGCCCGAGAUGCGGGAGCGGCACCCCUACACCGUCCCCUACGGGCCCCAGGGCGGCUACGGUAACAAGCUCGUCAGUCCAUCCGACCCGAUGAACCCAAAAAACUGCACGGUGCCGAGCAAGCCGGGGGCCAGCGCCAUCUCCCACACGGUGAGCACCCCCGAGCUGGCCAACACGCAGCUCCAGGGCGCGCAGAGCUACAGUGCGGCCCACAUGCUCAAGAACUAUCUCUUCAGGCCGCCGCCCCCCUACCCGCGGCCGCGCCCUGCCACCAGCACCCCGGACCUCGCCAGCCACCGCCACAAGUAUGUCAGCGGCAGCAGCCCUGACCUGGUGACCCGCAAAGUGCAGCUCUCGGUGAAGACCUUCCAAGAGGACAGCUCCCCGGUGGUGCACCAGUCUCUGCAGGAGGUGAGCGAGCCCCUCACGGCCACCAAGCACCACGGCCCCGUGAAUAAGCGCCACAGCCUGGAGGUGAUGAGCAGCAUGGUGCGGGGCAUGGAAGCCAUGACCUUGAAGUCCCUCAACAUCCCCAUGGCUCGCCGGAACACCCUCCGGGAGCAGGGGCCCCCCGAGGAGGUGCCCGGGAGCCACGAGGCUCACCAGCUUCCCCAUUACCACCAUAAGAAGACUCUCUCCGACGCCACCAUGCUGAUCCACAGCAGUGAGAGCGAGGACGAGGAGGACGAGGAGGUCCCGGGCUCGGUGCCACAGAUCCCCGUGCUCCGGGAAAAGAUGGGGUACAGUGCCCAGCUACAGGCAGCCUUGGCCCGGAUCCCAAACAAACCCCCACCUGAGUACCCCGGCCCAAGGAAGAGCGUCAGCAAUGGGGCACUGAGGCAAGACCAGGUUGGCCUGCCUCCUGCCGUGGCCAGGGCCAGGGUCCUGAGACACGGGCCGGCCAAGGCCAUCAGCGUCUCCCGAGCCGACCAGCUGGCCGUGGCCGGGCCUUCCCUCGGUCCGUCCAUCUCUGAACCCGACCUGACGAGCGUAAAGGAGCGGGUCAAAAAAGAGCCUGUGAAGGAGAGACCCGUGUCCGAGAUGUUCUCGCUGGAAGACAGCAUUAUAGAGAGAGAGAUGGCGCUCAGGAAUCUAGAGAAGCAGAAGAUGGCCACUCUGGAGGCACAGAAGCGGCCGCUCAUGUUGGCAGCAUUGAAUGGACUCUCCGUUGCCCGCGUCUCGGGGCGGGAAGACAGUCGAGCCGAUGCCACCCGAGUUCCCAUGGAUGAGAGGUUCAGAACCCUGAAGAAAAAGCUAGAGGAGGGAAUGGUGUUCACGGAAUACGAGCAGAUUCCGAAGAAGAAGGCGAACGGCAUCUUCAGCACGGCCGCGCUGCCGGAGAACGCCGAGCGAAGCCGCAUCCGCGAAGUGGUCCCCUAUGAGGAGAACAGAGUGGAGCUGGUCCCGACCAAAGAGAAUAACACGGGUUACAUCAACGCCUCCCACAUCAAGGUGGUGGUUGGUGGGGCAGAAUGGCACUACAUAGCCACUCAGGGGCCCCUGCCACACACUUGUCAUGACUUCUGGCAGAUGGUGUGGGAGCAGGGAGCGAACGUGAUUGCCAUGGUCACUGCGGAAGAGGAAGGUGGACGAACCAAGAGCCACCGAUACUGGCCCAAACUGGGUUCCAAGCACAGCUCGGCCACCUAUGGCAAGUUCAAGGUCACCACAAAGUUCCGAACAGAUUCCGGUUGCUAUGCAACCACAGGGUUGAAGGUCAAGCACCUUUUGUCUGGGCAGGAAAGGACGGUGUGGCAUUUGCAGUAUACGGACUGGCCAGAUCACGGCUGCCCAGAGGACGUCCAAGGAUUUUUAUCCUACCUGGAGGAGAUCCAGUCGGUCCGUCGCCACACCAACAGCAUGCUGGAAGGCCCCAGGAGCCUGCAUCCCCCCAUCGUGGUCCACUGCAGCGCUGGGGUGGGGCGGACCGGCGUGGUCAUUCUUUCUGAGCUGAUGAUCUACUGCCUGGAGCAUAACGAAAAGGUGGACGUGCCUGUGAUGCUGCGGCUGCUCAGGGAGCAGAGGAUGUUCAUGAUCCAGACCAUCGCCCAGUACAAGUUUGUCUACCAAGUGCUCGUCCAGUUCCUCCAAAACUCCAGACUCAUUUAACCCCCCCGACCCA